UCUCUCUUUCUUUACUCCUUUACUUCAUCAAAAAAUGUCUGAAAUUCAAUCUCAUAAAAAACCAGAAGUGCCACACUAUAUUUAUAGAGAUGAGUUGAGCAAGAAGCCCUCGACUCUUAAGAUGAGAAAAAAGGUACACUUCCAGAUUGAACAAAAGCCAUUGCUUGAAAGAGAAGAAAGUGAGAAGAAUCACGAGAGUAGAAACAACUCGACUCGUUGUGGACACGUCGAGAAGGAGAAAUUAUCUGGGACUAAAGUGAAGAUAUUGAUGACUAAAGAAGAGGCUGCUCGAUUGCUAUCAAAAUUUAGAGAUGGAAGGGUGCUUGAAUUCAAGGAUGUAGCUCGAGAUCUCAUGCAAAUCCCUGUUAAUCGUGUUAACUUUGUCUCCUAUUGAAAACUUUGAUGAUGAACUUAGGGCCUGUUUGAUAUGGGA